GAUCCUGGUGGGCGUAGUCAGCUUAAAUCUGUUUGAGUUGCUCUGAACUUUCCCCAACUACUUGCCACUACUUGCGGACGCCGAGGAGAACUGGUUCUAUUCCGUCCCCUUGUCGGGAGUUACAAAGGACCUAGAAGUUGAGGCCUCAGGCAAAGUGCCAGGCAGGUAUUCCUGUCUGUCCUGGAUGCCGAGAUUUGAGACCCAGAAAUCUCCCAUGGCUCCUUCUCAUAUUCGCCAGUAUCAGGACAGCGACCAGAAAAGUGUCUUGGAUUUGUUCAUAAGAGGAAUGGAAGAGCACAUCCCUGCCACCUUCCGCCACCUGCUGACUCUGCCAAGGACCUUCUUUCUCUUACUUGGGGUGCCACUUGCCAUGGUCCUGGUGUCUGGCUCCUGGCUGCUAGCUGCUAUGAGCAUCUUCUUUGUGCUCCUUCUCAUGAAGCUUCUUGCAAGACAGCCGUGGAAGAAGUAUGUGGCCAAGUGUUUGCACACAGACAUGGCUGACAUCACUAAGUCCUACAUGAAUGCACGUGGUUCCUGUUUCUGGGUGGCUGAGUCUGGGGGAGAGGUGGUGGGCAUCGUGGGCUGUCUACCAGUCAAGGAUCCCCCAUUAGGGAGGAAGCAGCUGGAGCUCUUUCACCUGUCUGUGUCUUCACAGCAUCGCGGACUGGGGAUAGCGAAAGCUCUGACCAGAACCAUUCUCCAGUUUGCACGGGAUCAGGGCUACAGUGAUGUCGUCCUUGACACCAGCAUGUUGCAGAAAGGUGCUCAGGCCCUUUACAUGAGCAUGGGCUUCCAGAAGACAGGACAGUACUUUAUGAGUGCGUUCUGGAGAUUAGUGGAUAUUCCAACAAUUCAAUUUAAGCAUUCCUUUCCUUCUGCUUAGCUGGUGGGAUGAGACCUUUGUUCCUGUGCAAGAAGCACAUCCCAUUUACUCUUCAUGAACCAGUGAACCCUGUCAUGUCAGUGUAAUGAGCAAUAAAAGCUCCUUCUGGUACA